AUGCUCUUGGCGAGCACGCGAAGCCACUCCGAUGGCGUGACUUACACCAGGCUAAGGAAGGCCUCUGGCGGUAACGACCGUGAGCUCCCGCUAGUUAACAUGGAACAGCGUGAAGGCUCUCUGCAGUCCGGCGAGAUGGCGCCCAAACACACGCGUAUCAGGGGCAGUAGCCGGACGCGUGAAAACAACGAGGAACAAAUGUUGGGAAAAGUCAUCACGCGGCGUGCCGGAUUGCGCAACGCUAGCAGUGCCGCCAACACGCGGAAGAGGCGCAGCCCCAGGACAGCCAGCGUUCCUCCGGAUUCGCCUACUCGUACUCCAUCCGAGAUUAAAAAUCACAAGAGCCUUCUGGAGACCACCAAACCGAUGAACAAAAUGAGCGAUGACACCGAGGGCGAAAUGACACUCUCCCAGCACCCCAACAUAUUUGGAAAGACCAACAACCCGCUUUCGGAGAUCGACAUAGAGGCGCUGUUCAGCGGUAUGUACGAGGGCUUGCACAAUGUAAUGAGCUCGCAAAUGAAAGCCGCGCUUGGUAUAGGCCAAGAGACUAAUGUGGAGCCUGCUUUUGAUGAGGAACCCGUGCCCGAAGAUUCCAUGGCUGACAUGCCAGAGGACGCAGGGGACACGCUGUUCAAGCCGACCCAGGCGUGCGAAAAGUUAAGCGAAUCGCCGGAACCGGAUGAGAAGGCGGCUGGAUAUGCGCGGAAUGACCGGGAAGCAAUGAUAAGUUCCAUGAACAAUUACGGCACGCCGGAAUUUGGGCCCAAGGAGUUGGGUAAAAGGACAAAUGCCGUGGAUUCCAACGGCAAUGCAGAUGAGAACUCGUUACCCAUAUUCCACCCGCAACGUGUUUUGAAUACGAGCCUUAACGGCAUUAUCCCGUCAACCGCUGGCGAUGUAGUCAGUGCCAGCAAGGCGACGAACAACCACGAUGAUUACGCUAUCGACAUACCCGACGGGCUGUUCACACCAGAUGUUCCGGACAGGCCACAGAAAGUAGUAUCAGGGGAUAAGUCAAACGUUUCCAACAAAGAACGAGUCAAUUUGCCCGAUACGGUCAUAUCACAUAUGGAGUCACUGUUCACUCAAGAGCCUGCAGUCGCUUACGUCGCAUCAAAACAGAUGCCCAACAUAACCCUGCCGCUGCCAGGCGACACCCUUGUCAACAGUGCAGCAGUAGUUGAGUGCGAUGACAACGCAGCGAACGAGUCCAAACUCAAACUUAAGGCCGCCAACCUCGGAAAUAAGCACGUCAUAGACGGUUGCCUUGAUGUCGAAGUACUCCAGGGAAUCGAAUCUAGCACGCAUAUGGGGAGCAGUUCGGUCACUAAAACCGUUGUAGACGAUAUGCAAAUAGAGAUGGACUCGGCCAUUGUUAUCGAGGAUGACGUUGAUCGAGCAACGGAGUAUGAUUCAAAGCAGUGCGGUGAUGAUACACUCAAAAGCCAUGCGUCGUCCAUAACUGUUGUGGAUCUCGAAGUUGCUGAUGAUGCGGCUGAAGACGAAACGCAUGCAACGGUCGCCUCCGCAUCGCUGAUGGAUGUCGACCAAGAAAUUCGUGAACAUGGCAUCAGCGCAUCAAGCGGGAAGAUAGACGAGGAUGCCUCCAAGCCGACGCCCCCAAAAUGGUCGAUUGGAUCGACCACGGAGUCAUUCUAUGCGGCGGAUGGCGUGCAGUCAGCCGCGGACUCCAGGAGGCAAUCGGUGUCCACCCCGUCAUCAUUAGAAUCGAAAGCUUCGCAUUCGCCAAAAAUUCAAACACCCGAUGAAUCUCAAUCGCGGUCACGGUUAAGCAGGCGGUCAAUAAGCUCAAAUGACUACAAGUCUGACACCUCCGCUAUCACGGAAGCCGUCAGCUUCUUCGCGGUGAAGCAUUUGGUGGCCCUGCUCAGGGAGGUAGCUGAAUGCCUCUCCGCGGGGGAGAAUGCCGAGGAACGCUGGCAACAUGUCUUGGGAAUGCAGUCCAGAGCUCAGAGAUUUAUUAACGAAGCGGUCAGAGUGAACUUCGAGUACGACGAUCUCUCGCAGUACCAGCUGGUGCUUCCGAAGAAGCUAAACAUUAGCUGUGUGGCGCCGAAGACUUACACGCCACCAAACGAGCUGCUAUCACAGCAGAGCAAACCCAAACCCCCUGUGGUUAGGCGUAGCAGCCAGCCAGAGACCAGGAUAGUCUCCACAACGGAACGCAGCGAUAAGCCGUUGAGCACCACACCGGUGCUUUCGAAUACGGAGUCUACGAAGGUGCUGGCGGUGGAAGAGACAGACGAUAGCAUCCCAAUAGACGUUGACAUUGAUGCGGAGAUUGAGAGGUUCAUCACACAGCAAACCCAGAAGAACACGCAGCAGAAGGAGGACCCCGUGAACGCAGCAACGCCGGUUGAAUCGGAUACCGAGGCUUUCGGGCUCCCGAAGAUUCGCACCAUGAACGACCUUAAGCAGUCUAAGGAAUUGGAACGCAGCGCUAAACGCACCCAAACCAACAAUGUAGAGUCGCAAAGCAAUAAGAAAACUAAAAGGAACGAAGAUCUUUUCGAAGAUGACGAGGAAGACAUCUACGGCACCGAGGACUUCGAGCAGGACGCAGCGGGCGACAUAUCCCACCUGUCCGACCCUCUCGCCGAAGCCCGCAAAAUAUACAUGGAAAAAGUUAACUCGUUCGAAAUCGAUGGCAUGGACCUCAGGGUCCCCAAGGAGGUCUUGCAGUCAAAUAUACAGCUUUUCCGCGAGCAGUUCGAAUUCAGUCAGAAGGUUAACGAAGUAAACACAACGGUGUUCGGGUACAGCUCGUUCAGAGGCGUGCAAUUGGCGGCGAUAAACGCCGUACUUCUCGGCAGGGACUGCUUCCUCAUGAUGGCCACCGGAGGCGGGAAGAGCCACUGCUACCAACUGCCAUCGCUGUUGCUGGGCGGUGUCGUGGUAGUAUUCUCGCCAUUAAUAUCACUGAUGGAGGAUCAAAUGCGCGUGCUUAGGUCGUAUGGUAUCACCGCGGAUACCAUCAACGCCAGCACAACCGCCGCUGCCACCCGGCAGAUCGCGAAGAGGUACCUCGACAAACAGCAAAACUUCGAGAAUGGGUCCAUCCUGUUCAUCACGCCCGAGAAGUUUGAGAAAUCGUCCAUUCUGCUCAAGUUGCUCGACGAUCUUUGCGAAUCCGAGAGGCUUAAGCUCUUCGUGAUUGACGAAGCGCACUGCGUCUCGCAGUGGGGACUCUCAUUCAGAAAGGACUACCGCCAGCUCUGCAACCUCAAGGAAAAGUACCCUCAUGUGCCUAUACUGGCCAUGACCGCGACGGCCACGGAGGAUGUUGCCACAGACAUCAUGCGCGUGCUCCAAAUUCCCAGAUGUGUCAAGCUGAGGACGACGAUCAACAGACCCAACCUGUGGAUAGAGUGCCGAGAAAAGAGCAAGGAUUAUCUCAAGGAAAUGAUAGAUAUACUCAAAACCACGACGGGAUGCGGUAUCGUGUACACUCUGACGGUCGGCGACAGCGAGAAGGUGGCGGAGUCCCUGCAGAAGUCAGGAAUCUCAGCAGGGGUGUACCACGCGAGGUUGGACAUCAACGACCGCAAAGAAAUUCAACAAAAGUGGACCAGUGGUGUGGUGCGCGUUAUGGUUGCAACCAUAGCUUUCGGAAUGGGCAUAGACAAACCCGACGUCAGAUUCGUGUUCCACACAUCAGCUCCAGUGUCUAUACUGGGCUACUACCAGGAAAUCGGGCGCGCUGGGCGCGACGGUAAAUAUUCCACUACUAUACUGUGGUAUAACAUGCGCGACUUUGAACGCCACAAGAACCUCGGCCACAAGACGCCGAAGACGAAGGGCGUACCAGGGGAUGAAAUCGCCGAGUACCCAUCACUUUCAAACAUGCGCGAGUUCUGCCAAAACAAAUCUACCUGCAGGAGGUUGAUGCUCUUCAGGGCCUUUGGUGAAGACCCGACAGGCGUUCUGCCGCCGAACUGCAACGGUUGUGACAACUGCUGCCUCAACUGCAUGACUGAGCGUGUUGAUGCAACAGACGACGCCAUCACCAUCUGCGAAUUCGUGAAUGAAACAAUGUCUCGCCGUACCAAGGGGAUAUUGACGAUCAAUAUCCUCUGCGACGCCCUCAGAGGGUCGAACAGGUCGACGCUGAUCAAAUACAGGCUACACCAGAACUCCAGCCACGGGGUUCUCAAAACUCGCAAGCCGAAGUACAUCUUCCAGGUCAUACAGGAAAUGGUGAACCUACGCAUCCUGCGCGAAUGCAGGCGUAGUUCCAACCGAUUCGGGCGCACUGUUCUGCUAUUGGGGCCGGCCGCCACGAAACUCAGAAGACGGCAGAUCAGCGUCCACAUCAUCAACUAUCAGUUCGCCCAGAACCAUGUACCCGAGCCAGUUGGCGCGACCCCUCCCGACGCCGCUUGUCAAGCCGAGCAACCGGUCUCGGCGGGGGCAAAGAGGUCGCAAGUAUCCCAGAGGAGCGCCACGCAAGAACCAGCAGAGUCCAGGGCGACAUCACAGGCUUUGAAGGGAGUCGGGGUGGCCAAAAUAGUUGAGGCGCUAAAAGCCGCCUCUGCUGCGGGCAGGCACGAUGGCGAACGGGCGGAUGCCCAUGACAGGAAGCUAGGCGUACAAGGGGUGUCACUGAUAAGAGAAAACCAGCUCAGCCUGGUUUCACAGGGGAUGAGGGCACCCGAUGAUGUCAGACGUGGCAGCCCCACCGCUGCCGGCGCCACAAAGGCGGCAACGGAUUCGACGGUGCCUGCCAAGCCCAGGAGAGGAAGGCCCCCAGGUUCUACGAAGCAAAAGAGUAAGAAUGCGAAACAGGCUGCAUCAUCUUCGAUUAACGAGUCAAGUGUGAGUCAGCAGAAGGCGGGGACGAGCAACACGCCUCCCAACCCAUCGACUAGUGAUGCGAAUGCAGCCGCAUGGCGCAAUGCGAACGCGAGGGCACUCAAGCUCACGCCACCAGGCGGUACCAACCCAAGCGUUGACAUACAGGCGGCGCUCCACAACAACAUACGCAGGAAGGUCCCGCCAGACCUGGUUAGCUCGCUCAGCUGA